AUGUCUGACCGUGGUGCACCCGACCGGCGGCACCGUGGGCGUCACCUCGGUCACGGUCGAAUGGGCCGCCUCUCCGCACAUGCCGGCUCCGGACAACUACUCGGGGUGGUUCGCGACAGGGAGAAGCUCAACCCGGUCUGGCAUGCCGGUGCCUACACGAAUCAGCUUUGUGUUAUCAAUCCGACAACCGGCAACGCGAUUUUCGGCAUCAACGCUAGCAACUGGAUAUACAACACGACGAUUUCGGAGCCAGCACGAGUGACUGGCUGCGAAGUGGCGAACUCAAUCCUGUAUUACACGCUUAAGAACGCCAUCAGCCUAGCAGUAGACCGGAAAGACGACGCCUCCAACGCAGCCUGGACCAAGGCGGCCAACCCCAUACCAGACGCGAUCAACUCGAGACUGUGGGACGCCUCCAAGUCACUAUACCGGGACAACGACGAGCCAGCCGGAAGUCCAUACCACAAUGACAUCCAUCCCAAAGACGGCAACGCCUGGGCCGUCAUUGCCGGCAUCACCAACGCCACCCAAGCAGAGGCCAUCAGCACGGCGCUCCAGCAGCGCUGGAUCCGACCCUACGGCGCCCCAGCCCCGGAAGCCGGCGACACGAUCUCACCGUUCGCUUCCGGCUUCGAGCUGCAGGCGCACUUCCUGGCCGGCCACCCCGAGCGGGCGGUCGACCUGAUGGAGUUCAUGUGGGCCGACUUCAUGCUCGACGACCCCCGCAUGACGCGCAGCACCUUCAUAGAAGGCUACUCCACGGACGGCAGCCUUCGCUACGCGCCCUACGCCGGCUCCGACGCGCGCAUCAGCCACGCGCACGGGUGGUCGACGGCGCCAACGUCCCUGCUCACGUUCUUCGCCGCUGGGCUCAAGCUAACCGGUGCCGGGGGCGCCACAUGGUCGGUCGAGCCGCAGCUGGGACCGCUGUCGCGCGGGUGGACUCCGGCUUCACGACGCCGAAGGCGAUGCCGGACCGUCCUCGAAACCCAGGGCCAUGUUCCCUCCUUCACGGACCUACCGCCGGAGCUUCGGCUAAUGGUCCUCGAAUUCGUCCUCGAAGACAAGUCCCAAGCACCACCGUAUUGGCUAUCGAGACACGCGACAGUCUGUCGGGAGUGGCAGUUUUUCUUUGAGCAAAGGAACUUCCGAUUUGUCAAACUACGCCAAGAUGAUCUCGAGGCGUUCAGACGCGUGUAUCGACCCCAAUAUCGUCAAGGUUUCGCCCGAACCGUUUGGCUUAGGAUCGAGCUGCCUGAGUACGGUUGCGAAAGAUGCGAAACAGAGGAGUCGGAUGCCGAGUCUAGGACGAACAAUCUGAUCUUCACUAGGGCCGUCUGGAAGCUCUUUAGCAUCUUACGUACCUGGGACCGUCGAGCAAAGGCCUGGGUGAACCUGGACCUGAGUGCUCACUCCCCUAGCGACGGCCAGCAUCGUUUCAAAGAGAUAUCUCGACGAGCUGAGGAUAUUCCGUGGGCUUCACCAGAUCGACCUAUUAGGUCUUUGUCCGACCCUUUCUUCCAAGAUUCCGCACACCAGUGGCAGGGUGGAAUGCGGCCCCUUUACAGCAGCUAUGAGGCAAAAAGCAGAGUUAUGGGACCAAUCCAAGGACUUUGCUUCGACUAUCGUGCCAUUCGUGCCACACAGAACUUGCCAAAAGCGGAGGUAGUCCGAACAUUUGCCAUACGUCGUCAAUUCCUCCGCGGUUUCUCGAUACAGCAGGGCUUGCGGCAUAUCCUCGCAGCUUUGCCGAAUGUCGAACAAGUGUGGUUCGAGCCCUGGCGCGGCAUCAGUGACGAGCACCGGCGUCAUCUCGACCAUCAGUACCUCGCCUUGGCCAGCGCCCUUUCCCGCCUGAAGCAUCUCAAAACUGUGUCCUUCUUCGAAGACUACAGCAAGUUUCUUCAUCCGAUAUCCAUUAAUACAGGUUACGGAAGGGAAUUCCAUGCGGAUGGCCUCGGGCCCCUCUUGGCGCGGAUGAGCACUGCGCUGGAAUCACUAUCCGUUUGCUUUGUAGUCGAUGCCGUUGAUUUCUUCCGGGAUUUCAUGGACGAUGCUGAGGUGGACUCAAGCAAGCCAUAUUGGGCUGGCUUGAAGCAACUGGCCUUAACCUCGGAAUAUUUGGACCCGGAGCACUUCCGUCUGUUCCUCACAUUGGUCGCAAGAGCAGCCGAGAGGAUGCCGCGGCUGACGCGACUGAGGAUAUGGAACACAACAGCGGGGAGCGAGUGUUUUUUCACCUAUUCCAUAACCAGGUACAAGCAAGUCCCCUCUUUGUGUAUACGAAGCACCUGGCAUUGCAGGCUGGGUAAAGGGGAAAGACGGGUUUGGGCCAACCUUGCGCGAAAACAUGGCCACACCCGACACAACCUCAGAGUUACCGAAUGGGAUAUGGACCGUUUCUUGAUUCACACCCAUGGCUACCUCGUGGGUAGGACGACAAUGGACGACACGAUGUUGACUAACACGUCAUAUCAACAAGUGUGGAUGGAAAGUAGCUGA